GUAAGGACCAAAUGGGCCUUUUUCAAAUUGGGCAAGUAACAAAGGCCAAUGCGGCCGAAGAUAAUAAGCCCAAAACAAUUGAGCGUCUCAAAGCGUAGAAAAGAAACCCAAAUACGACCCGACUGAACAAACUGAAAAACUGACCCGUAGCACCCUUCGUCGACGACGGGGACCGAUGGCGACGAAGAAACAGCCAAAGCACAACGUGGGAGCUCCAAAAGGAAGAAAAAACUUCAUAUCGUCCGUAUCUCCAUUGAAAGCGUUUUUUCUACAUCUCAUAUGUGGACUAGGGUUAGCUUCAGCAUUAUGGGCCGCUCGCAAUAUUUACUCCGCCGAUCUCGUCUCAAAUCCAGCUCAAACGCUCCGUCUGAUUUUGGCGUCUGAGUCUCCCGUAGUGAUCCUGCUUUACAGUCUCUUUCGACAUGAUUCGGAUCGAUGCUCUUACUUCAAAGCUUUGGGACGAGGUUUAUUGGGUCUUCCAGUUGGGGCCGCAUUGAUUGCAGUGGGGGCUAUUAUUUUGGGAGCACCUGUUGGCUUUCAGUACUUUGGCAUGACCUUGUAUUGGUCCCUUGUUAUGUCAGUAUUCACUUUUGUUCCGGCAGCUACUGUUUUUGGUUCGUCAUGGGCUGAUUGGCACCGUAUAUUUGCUCAAUCAGAGCCAGCUAAAAACAUAGAUUAUAUGAUCUUCUUUCCUGCACAUGGUGCCAUUAUUGGAGCAUGGUUUGGUGCUUGGCCAAUGCCCCUUGAUUGGGAAAGGCCAUGGCAGGAAUGGCCAAUCUGUGUAACUUAUGGAGCUAUGGCUGGGUACUUUGUGGGAAUGGCAGUCUCUAUGGGUUUCAUCCUCUUCCAUAACCGCCUGCAGCACAUUAAAGGAGAGUAAUGCAUUUUUAUUUCUCGAGUCUUCUUGGAAGAAACACUCUUACCAUAGGGCACCCCUGCUUUCUAAACAAGAUUUCUUUCAUGUUCACCGGCUCCUCUCUUUGGCAUUUUACUUUUAUGUAAGUGAGUGAUCUUCCUUUUUGUAGGAGGGUACAGACUACAGAGACUAAUACUAUUCACUUGAGCUGUUAAAAAAAAAAAAAAAAAAAAAAAAAAAACCGAAAUUAAGCCUAGCUUACAGAAAUUGGCUUCUAAACUUGCAGUAAACUUCAAUCAACAAUUGUUUUCUAAUAAGCCUGUGGAUGAAUUUUACUUGCAGCUAACUUCAAGGGCAAUAAUUAUGUGAAAAUUGAAUUUACAGGUUAAUGAUUCUAUACUUGUAACCUGCUAUAGUAUCCAUUUUAGGUAUAGUGGCCCUAACACAUUUUCUUUCUAAUGAUGAAUAUAGUUUUUUUUUUU